AUGUCGGGCGGGCUUUUGUCUCCGUCCCUCGCUUCUGAUCAUGGUCAUACGUCCCUUUUGAGUCGGCAAAAGCUGGCCGCAUUCAUCUACGCAAUUCUACCAACGGCCUUUCGCGAUGCACCCAAGAAGACUCGACCCCUCGCGAGGACGGCGUACCUCGACGGUGUCCGCGGUCUAGCAGCCCUCGGUGUCGUCGUGCUGCACAUGGUCCUGGGGUUUUUCCCCAACUCUUCGUACGCAUACAAUGGGACUCCCGGUCGGGACUCCAUCUUUCAGAUGCCUUUCGUUCGACUACUAUAUACAGGUCAGCCCACGAUCUUCUUCCUCAUUUCAGGCUACGUCUUGUCCAUCAGCACGAUAAAGAAGUGCCGCAACCAGGCUUGGGGCCCGUUGCAGCUGGACUUGAGCUCGAAAAUCUUCCGCCGGAUGUUCCGCCUCUAUAUACCCUCGAUCAUCGCCACGUUUAUCCCGAUGUUUAUGGUUAGCUUUGGGCUCUUCCCCGACGUUGCCAAGUUCAACGACGAGAUGCCGCACCAUACGUUCAAUAUGGCUGCCCGCGAGCCCACAUUCUUCCGACAGUUCUGGCUCUGGUGCAAGACGAUCCCGCCGCUCUUCUGGCCUUUCGACUGGGAAAACUUUUCCCAGAACUCCCCGUACGCCUACCAACUGUGGACCAUUCCUGUCGAAUACCGAUGUUCGAUGAUACUUUUCCUUUUGCACAUCGGAUUGUCCCGAUGCCGAAGCAAGACCCGCCUCGUCAUAAACGGCAUCUUCUCUCUUUACUUCCUUGCCCUUGACAAGUGGGAUGUUUUCCUGUUCGUUGCAGGAGCUUUCAUCGCGGAAGUGGAUAUUAUUAGGGAAGAGGCGUCCGAGGCCCAGCUCCCGAAGUCAGAAACGGGGGAGACUAAGCUCCCCAAUGCGCCCCGGAAGUCCCCAAAUCAAUGGCUGCUGGUGGGCGGUGUCAUUCUUGGCCUGUGGAUUCUGAGCGUCCCUGCCGCAGAUAUCUGGAACGCAUGGACUUUUGCUAUUCUCGAGACGUGGGCACCGAAAAAUUAUAAGGGAAUCUUCCGUUUCUGGGACGCCGUGGGCACCGUUAUCCUCGUCUGGUCGAUGACCGGUCUACCUUCGUUCCAGAGGUUCUUCACGCGCCGCAUCUUCCUUUACUUGGGGAAUAUUUCUUUCUCCCUCUACCUCACGCACACGAUCGCUCUCAAAUUUCUGCUAUAUCCCAUCAUGCCAUGGCUGUAUUUGAUUUUUGGCUACUCCACCCCUUUUCAGUAUGGCCUGUCUUUCGCCAUUGGCGGCUUCUUGACUGUCAUGCUUUCAUUCUGGAUCGCGGACGUUUUCCAGCGACACAUCGAAGAGCCUUCAGCCAGGUUCACGAAGUGGAUUGACACCAAGUGCUCGGCCUCCUGA